GAUUGUACUGGGAAAAGGAGCGUCGGGCGUUGAACGCCGUUGAGACAAGAGACUCGCCACUGUAGCUGCCGGGGGCUGGGGCGCGGGGUGUCGAGUGAUUCCCAAGUUCCCGGUCCGUCCUUGUCCUGCGACGCCGGCUAUUUUGUGCGCGCGCUGCUGCCGAUGGACACUCUUGGAACUCUUGAGAUCGGUGUCCUGUGAACCAUCAUGGAGGGAAAGAUCGUUCAUUUGCAUUGAGUCCAGAACGACAAUAUGGUGGACGACAAGCCAGCCAAGGGGAAAGCCGGGAAGGCAAGCACGAAGGAUUCAGUGCUGAAGCAAAAGUCACCCGCCGAGUUUUUCUCCGAGAAUAAGAAUAUAGCUGGCUUUGACAAUCCAGGUAAGAGUUUAUAUACGACCGUUCGAGAGCUUGUGGAAAAUGCUCUCGAUUCAGCGGAAAGCAUAGCUGAGCUUCCUGCAAUCGAAGUGACAAUUGAGGAGUACACAAAAGCCAAGGCCGAUGAAGUCUUUGGUAUAAAGACGUUGGAGCGCAAGGACGAAAAACUCUACGAUGACUACGAGACUGAAAAAGCACGGGAGAAACGUCUGGCUAAAGAGGCUAAAGAUCAAGAGAAGCAGGCAAAGGCCCUUGCCGCGGGCAAGAAAGUCAAUCCUUCGGAUGCAAAAUUGGUCAAAGGACGUGAUACUCCAGUCUUCAAAGUGACAUGCAAGGACAAUGGAAAGGGCAUGCCACAUGAUGACAUUCCAAACAUGCUUGGUCGAGUUCUGUCCGGGACGAAGUACGGAUUGAAACAGACUCGAGGAAAGUUUGGACUCGGUGCGAAGAUGGCCUUAAUCUGGGCCAAAAUGAGUACCGGGCAGCCUAUUGACAUUUGGAGUUCCACAGAGGGUCAGAGUUUUACUACGUACUGCCGUCUGGACAUCGACAUACAUAAGAACGUCCCACAUGUGCAUGUUCAUGAGAAGAGGCCAAACACCGAAAAGUGGCGGGGAGCUGAGCUUCAAGUCACCAUUGCGGGCAACUGGAGCACUUAUCGUUCAAAAAUAAUCAACUACAUGCGGCAAAUGGCAGUCAUUACACCGUACGCUCAGUUUAUUUUCCGAUAUAUUGGACCUACAGCAGACAAAAAUGUCACAAUCCGAUUUGCUCGGAGAACAGAUGUUAUGCCUGCAGCCCCUCAAGAGACGAGGUUUCACCCGUCGGCAGUAGAUUUAUUAUUGAUCAAACGGUUGAUUGCGGAGACAACGAAAACGCAGUUCAUUCAAUUUCUCCAACAGGAGUUUGUGGGCAUAAAUAAGCCUCUCGCUCAAAGACUGAUUGAGGAGUUAGGUCCAGAGUUCAAUCAGAAAAUGUCUGUAAAAUCCCUUACAGGUCAACAGAUUUUAUGUCUCCAUCAGCUGUUCCGCCAAGCAAAGUUUGAUGACCCUGAUGGUGAUUGUCUAAGUCCUGCAGGAGAGUACAAUCUCCGUCUUGGUAUCAUGAAAGAACUACAUCCGGACAUGGUUGCGACAUAUCAGGGAAGUCCCCAAGUUUUCGAGGGCCACCCAUUUAUUGUUGAGGCUGGAGUGAGCUUGGGUGGAAAAGAUGUGAAGCCGGGUGUGAAUGUUUUCCGAUUUGCAAAUCGGAUUCCGCUGCUUUUUGAACAGGGAGGUGAUGUCGUAACUCGGACUGCCAUGAAGAGGAUAAAUUGGAACAGUUACAAAAUUAACCAAGCACAAGACAAGAUCGGGGUCUUUGUGAGCAUUGUCAGCACCAAAAUACCCUUCAAGGGUACCGGAAAGGAGUACAUCGGUGAUGAUGUUACUGAGAUGGCUACAGCAGUGAAGUCAGCCUUACAGCAAUGCUGUAUACAGCUUAAGGGAAAGAUUGUGCGACAACAACAAGCUCGGGAUCGUCAAUUGCGUAAACGAAGUCUUGCAAAGUACAUCCCAGAUGUUUCGCGAGCAAUCUAUGACGUCCUAUCAAUCAUAGCAGAGGGUCAGAAAGCUAAGAGAGCACGUUACGGAGAUACUUAUGUAGAUAUGCUAAAUAAAGUGGCCCUUCAAGCGAUCACCGAGGCAACUGUCAAACAGAAACUAACGCAGCAUGUGGAGCAGGUUGAUGCAGAGAUGGCACUUGAGUACGCUAUACAAACUGGAAUGGUUGACACAGCUCGAGAGACCGUCUACCUUAGGACAUCCGACAGGAACAGACCUUGUGCGAUUGAGCUCCAUAGUCCUGUCUGUGUUAUAAAACUCUUCUCUGGGUUUUGAUCUACGGAAUGGGGUUAGGGUGGUUAGUCAGUAUAUAGGCGAGGAAACAUGCUGAACAAUGUCACUCCCGAGGAGCUACAGUAGAUCAGAGCACAGUUACCACAAUCACCAUGUAACCGGGCUUUCCUAUUGAAAGCAUAAACCGACUCAAUUUUGACAUCUGGAAUAGUUACUGUAGUAAUGACGCACCCUCUUAACGCAUACUUGCACAUACAGGUAAGUAUUAGGACUUUGUAACAUAGUUUAACACUUAUUAUUAUAAAAGACACUGAAGAUUAUUUUACAGCUUCCAGUUUUGUGAGUUUAAUUAUGUCACGGUGGACU